GCGGACUUGAUGAUCUGUCUGAAUACUAGAUUUUGAUUGGCUGGAAGGUGUGCAUUCAUAGUAACAUACAUGUACAGUACAGCUACUUACAACAGUCACAGCUUCAUCAUUAGUAGAGACGCAGCACAGACGCAGUAGUCAUCAUGCUGGGUUCCUGGCUUCUGGUGGUGUUUUGUGUCUGCCUCCUCUUCCUCUUCAUCAGGAUCCAGAGGCCCAAGAACUUCCCCCCUGGACCACGACCCAUCCCUAUAUUCGGGAACUUGUUUCAGUUUAACAUAAAAAAUCCUCUGAAAGACUUUGAGAAGGAAGCUCCAUGUAUCCUCAGACUUUGUUCCAUGAUGCAGCAUCAAAUAUCAUCUACCUGGUUUUGUUUGGCACUCGCUAUGACUAUGGCGAUGAAACCCUUAAAGUGUACGUUCGGCUCUAUUCUGAAAACGCAAAGCUCGCUAAUGGACCUUGGGCAAUGGAUCCAGAGGCCCAAGAACCUCCCCCCUGGACCACGACCCAUCCCUAUAUUCGGGAACUUGUUUCAGUUUAACAUAAAAAAUCCUCUGAAAGACUUUGAGAAGUUGGCUGAGCAAUAUGGAAACAUUUACAGUCUGUACAUCGGGACAAAACCAGCUGUUGUUCUUAAUGGUUUAAAAGUCAUAAGAGAAGCUCUGGUGACCAAAUCUGCAGACUUUUCAGGACGCCCCCAGAAUAUGCUUAAGGAUGUAACUGAAGGAAAAGGAGUCAUAAUGGCUGAUUAUGGUCGUCAAUGGAAGGAGCAUCGGCGCUUUGCUCUCAUGACCUUAAGGAACUUUGGCUUGGGGAAACAGUCUAUGGAGAACAGGAUUCUGGGAGAAAUUGAACACCUUGUUGCAAAAUUGGAGAAAUAUGCUGGAAGCUCCAUGUAUCCUCAGACUUUGUUCCAUGAUGCAGCAUCAAAUAUCAUCUACCUGGUUUUGUUUGGCACUCGCUAUGACUAUGGCGAUGAAACCCUUAAAGUGUACGUUCGGCUCUAUUCUGAAAACGCAAAGCUCGCUAAUGGACCUUGGGCAAUGAUCUAUUAUGCACUUCCUAUACUGAGGUCCUUACCCCUUCCGUUUAAAAAAGCCUUUGAUAAUUACAGCACACUUAAAAUCUUGACAGCAAACAUGAUCAACAAGCACAAGACAACAAGAGUCCCAGGAAAACCAAGAGACCUUGUCGACUGCUAUCUGGAUGAGAUUGAUAAGAAAGACAAUGAAUCUACUUUCAGUGAAGAACAACUUCUGGUGUAUAUUAUAAAUCUGCAUGUAGCUGGAACUGAUACCACAUCCAACACACUCCUUACAUCAAUUCUAUACCUCAUGGCUCAUCCGGACAUCCAGAAGAGAUGCCAAAAGGAGAUUGAUGUGGUUCUAGAGGGAAAUUCUCAGCCGUCUUUUGAGGACAGACACAACAUGCCGUACACACAGGCUGUGGUUCACGAGUGUCAGCGCAUCGCCAGAACUGCCCCUCUGAGUGUGCUCCACUGUACCACAAGAGAUACUGAACUGAUGGGCUACACCAUCCCAAAGGGGACUAUGAUCAUCCCCAACCUAUCCUCAGUGUUGAGCGAAGAAGGCCAGUGGAAGUUUCCUCAUGAUUUUAACCCAUCAAACUUCCUGAAUGAGCAAGGACAGUUUGAGAAGCCUGAAGCAUUUAUUCCCUUUUCUGCUGGGCCUCGUGUGUGUCUGGGUGAAGGUCUGGCUCGCAUGGAGCUCUUCCUCUUCUUGGUUACUCUGCUGCGCCGCUUUCAGUUCAUUUGGCCUGAAGAUGCAGGAGAACCAGAUUUCACUCCAAUCUUUGGACUAACACUUACACCUAAACCGUACAGGAUGGGAGUCAGGUUGAGACAGCCAGCUAGAGAAAAGUAGAACUGCAUAACUGCAUACUGCAUAUGUCUGCAUACUUAAAAUUUCUUUAUGGCUCAUAAAGAGAUGAGCCUGCCCUUGUUGACUUGUGUAAAAUGCCCUGGUAUGGUAACAGAUUUCUGACCUGGAGCACAAGAAAGGCUAAAAGAUGGGGUUGAGAACAGAAAAAUCAAUCUCCACAAUAAAAAAUCUUUAUACACA